GGCUGUUGCGACCUUCCAUGUAUUCACAGUUGCGCAGAGAUUAAACAUUCAUUCUAGUGAUGGAUCCGCUACAGUAACAAACCCGGAUUACAACAAUCGAAAUAUUUCUAACAGGAAAUUUGACAUACUGGAAAAGAGCCUAAAAUUAAAUAACUGAUUUUUUUGCAGUUUCAACAAAUAGUUUGACUGCAGAAUCCAGGAUGGGAUCCCCCGCAAAAUCUGAUGAAAAGACCAUGGAAUCUAUCAACAACAACAGCCACAAAUCCAAUUUUUCACAUUGUUUAGGCGGGCUGCCAACCCUCUUUUGCAUCAUGUUGUCGGUGUGUUCUAUGGCGUUUUGUUUUUUGGUAAACUUCAGGACAUCUCACCUGGAGUACAGAGUGCAGACUUUGGAGAUGGAGAGAAUGUCCCUGCUCCCUUCCGAUGAGAAUGGAACAGUACCUUGUCUUCAGGAUAUCAUUGAAAAACUUGUGCGCGAGAGACUGACCGUAGCGCUGCCCAAACUUCGCAAUGCCAGGGAGGUCAUUCAAGAGUGCUCCUGUCCUCCAGGGCCUCCAGGAAAACGGGGAAGGAUGGGAAGACGAGGCGACCCUGGAUCUCCAGGCACGCCUGGACGGGAUGGUUACCCGGGCCCACUUGGGAUGGAUGGGAAGCCUGGUGCUCCUGGUCCUAUGGGAAGCCAGGGACUGCCUGGGCCAAAAGGAGAGCAGGGAGAACAAGGAGAUAUGGGGCCAAGGAUGGUCUUCCCGCGCUUCGACCACGGCUUUCUCUCUGGCGACCAGCACACUUUUCACAAACGCCUCCUGAAGGGUGACCAGGGUCAGGCUGGUCCCCCUGGACCCCCGGGGCCCCCUGGAUCACCAGGUCCCAGAGGACCCCCUGGGAACACUGGGAAGGAUGGGCCCAGAGGACCCACUGGAGAGCAGGGUCCACCUGGUCAAGAUGGAAUCGAUGGAUUAGAGGGACCAAUGGGUCCUCCUGGACGAAAGGGUGAGGAUGGACAGCAUGGCAUGCCUGGAUCACAGGGGUCUCCAGGGUUAAAGGGGGAGCAGGGGCCUGCUGGUGACCAGGGCAGGACUGGCCUUGAUGGACUACCAGGGAUGAAGUGCUCACCGGGAGAGAAGGCUGUUCCUGGCUCCUAUGACAUCGGCCUUGGCCAAGUCGUUCAGGGUCCCCCAGGGCCCCCAGGGCCCCCAGGAGGCCAAGGGUCAAAGGGAGAGUCAGGCUCACCUGGUGCACCUGGAGCUGAUGGGGAUAAGGGAGCCAAAGGGGAUAGAGGUGAUGAUGGGAUGCCUGGAGUGGCAGGGGAGAAGGGAGAGCGAGGCCUGAUGGGCCAAACUGGGCUUGCGGGAGCUGACGGAAAAAAAGGAGAGAGAGGGGAUUCAAGGUUUGAGGACGGUCUGGCCCAUAGGAUCUCUAUCUCGGGCCCUCCAGGGCCUCCCGGGCCCCAGGGUUACCCUGGCCACAUGGGACAUGAUGGAAUGCCUGGCCCCAAGGGGGAACCAGGUGAGAGAGUGAAAGGAGAUAAGGGGGAUGCAGGUGACAGAGGUCCUCCUGGGUUAAGGGGUAUCCAGGGUCUUCCAGGUUCUACAGGAUUGAUUGGUCUCCCUGGCACCAAAGGGGGAAAGGGAGAGCAAGGAUUGCCGGGAUUAGAUGGUUUCCCCGGGCUGAUGGGAGAAAAGGGGGAGAGAGGGGGCAGAGGAGACAAGGGUGACAGGGGGAUGCUGGGAAAGAAGGGACUGAAAGGACAGAAGGGCGAGCAGGGCCCCCCUGGACUGGACCAGCCCUGUCCUGUGGGCACCAAUGGGUGUAAAGAACACCCUGGGGAGGCGGGGCAAUCCUCAGGCGCCCCUUGCCCCCUGGGUCGGGAUGGAUUACCCAUACCCGGAUGUUGGCAUAAGUGAUGACCAACCUGGGACAUGUGAUCUGUACAUAUUGAUAUAUAUUUGUCAAAUAAAACUCAAGUGUUGUUUUUUUUUGUUGCCAAUUCCUAUUUAAUAAUAUUGAGUUUUUCGUAUUGGAAUUUGAAUUGUGGGUCUAUCACAAUCAAUAUUUUGUACUUUUUGCAUAUGAAAAGAAAAAGUUUUAUUUUAAUUUUUUUAGUUUAGAGAUUACUUAGAAGGAUAUCAUGCACACAAAGAGAGGAGACUGGUUACAAACAGAAAGGAGCAGCAAAUGCACUCAACACUUACCGGAUGGACAAAUGUUGCUGAUUUUAUCUCAUCGGGGAGAAAUUAGGGUUUUAACCAGAAAUAAAUAAUUGAUUCUGACUAAAAGGCUCACUAGUGUUCCCACAUGGAGAUACAGUAUUGGAGUGUACACCACAGCCUGCACCUUGCAAACAAAUCUACCCCAUCAUGCCAGUCCUCACGGCAGGGGCCUAUCCCAACCUUAGGAGAGAGGUAUGGGGAGGCACAGAGGAUGGCCCUCACUGUGGAAUAGGAGCCACACAGACUCACUGGGCUGGACAGAGACAGAUGGCUAGACCAGCAUGGAGGAAAUAUGGAUUUCACUCUUCAGAUGGUACCCAACUUGUACUGGAGGGACUUGAUUCAAACACCAGAUCCCUCACACAACAAACUACAGACACACACUAGCUUGGAUUAAUGGACCUAUUUCGAGUCAUUCUAAAUCGCAUAUCAGUGUGUUAUUCAUUACAUGAGGUUGUGUGUCUUUGUCAUAAUGUGUGAAAAAACUAAACAGAUCUGAAAUGAACAAAUGUUUUAAUACCAUGAUCUUUCGGUGGCUUUUUAGAUUUAACCUUUGUCUGUAGUCGUUUUCUUCAAUGUGUUUAAUGUUUAGAUCAAUAUUGGUUUAAAACGUUUUAGAAUGUUUAUGAUGGUUUCAAAGUUGUUGCUGAGUUGUUGCAUCAAAUGCUCUAACCAGUUCAUCGACACAGAACACUGUAAGACUUUGUAAAUAAAUGUGUUCAUACUUAA